CCACGCCCACGGGUCCUCGGAAAGGCUGGCUGCUAUCUCCGAUAUCUGAUCAUAUCGGCUCCAGCGUGGCCCUCUCUUGUUCCAGUUGCUUGUUCUGGACCAUGUAUAGCCUGUAACCGGGAUCUUCCUCAAGCCAGCUGCGCCCGCAUGAUAGAAUUGUCUUGCAUGCUGCGUAGUCCUCACUCACCCUCUUCCAUCAUUCUCCUGUGUUCUAUCUCACCCUCCAGCUCGUCCACCGUCAUGGGUACCCCUCGGCCCUUCCACUUUUCCAUUUCCGCCCGCGCAAAUCCCUCCAUGCUUCUCAUGCCCACCACUAAGAAUCCAAGGUCCUCCCGGUCGACAUCGAACACUUCCCACCAGUCGCCAUCGACGAGUUUGACUCCCACUUCUCGGGAUGCGAGGUAGAUCGAAGCCACGGCAAGGGCGUUUGGUUGGUGCGUAGCGUAUA